AUGGAGAUGUCGUCAACAGCAGAACCCGCCAGAAAACGAAGAAAACCCAAUGAGGCAGAGAAGAAUAUGUCAUUCAUGAUCAAUCAUCAUGCCGCUGUGGCGGCCACUGUCACGCCAAUCAAAACACCAAAGGCAUCGAAUUCGACUGCAUCAGAGGCUGACAUUGACGAGGAUACCAUCACUCAUCUCACUUUUGAAAACGAAGAUGCGACACGCCACAACGAGAGGAAUAAAGCAAACGACGAGGGAAAGCAGGAGGAGAUUGACAAACUAGUAGUUGUGACACAGCUCAUAGAAAACUUGCGAUUCGCCAUGUCUUUCGAGGCAGCAGAGAAGGCAAUUGAUAUGCUAUUCCAAGAAUUACAUACAGAAGAUGCAAAUGUUUCUACGUACGAUCCACGAAAAACGACCACCGCGUUCCACAACCCCGACCAUAUUUCUCUGCCCGUUGCCAAGGUCAUUACGAGAUCCAAUGGCGUGUUGACCAUCUUUGUUGCGUUACAGGAGUUCCAACACUCGGGAUCAAAUAUGUUUCUCUGUAAGACACUUCGCCUUUUAAGUUUGAUCUCUAGUGAGGUCCCAGCGGCGGGCCAACAACUUAUCGAAUCAGGUGCUGUCCGAAGUUUGCUGAUGCUUGCACGCAAAGGAGCUCAUGUCGAUUGUCUCAAGCUGCAUAAGUAUGAUCAGAUCAAACGGAACUUUGAUUACUCGUUAAAGUCCAAUGUGGUUGGGAUCUUGGCCGAUUUGGUUUUUGGAUUGGGUUGGAACAUUUGCAAGCAAGUUGUUCCGGAAGAAACCCUGGAUUUUGUCAUUUCAGUUAUCAAGGAAUACCCAGAAGAUGAGUUCAUGCAACAUGUUGGCAUCGAAUAUUUACUCUGUGUGGGAAAGACUGGAGAUUCCGAAACAUCAACGAUGCUCCAAAAGAAGAAAGUUGGCCAUUUAUUUCUGGAAGCUUUGGAUAAUUUUCGACAUGAAAGUGUUGAAGUCAAAGAGAUGGCUCGAGAAGCCAUGGUUUGGUACUUUUCUAUUUAA